CAUCCCCAAUGUUAAGCUGGCGCGCUAUUGGUCUACUAUGCCGGAGCCGCUCUGUCGAAUACCGUGGGCGGCGCUAUUAAUCGGAGAACGUAGCUAAUUUAAAUGUCAAACAAACAUUUUCUCGGUACGUGUAUUUUCCGGGGUAACUAACUCGGCCUAAUGGAUCGCAAAAGACCGCCUUGCUAGGGAGCACAAGUAAAAUAUUAAUUUGCUGAUCCCGACUCCUAAUGGAUUUUGAUAAAUAGCUAACAUUGGUUUUCGAUGAGUUUAGUGCCUGGUAAUUUGAAUGGUAGAUUUUCAUUCUGUAUACGAGACAUUAGGAGAUUAAUGACAAGUGUAGUUUUUGACAGUGACAAGUGUUAUUCGAUUAAGAGCCUUAUUUACAAAAUCGGAGAUUAUCAAAGCUGAUAUGAGUCUCGCGUGAAACGUAAAUUGGUGUUAGAGCAAAGACAAGCUUUUAAGUAAACUGGACUAUAAACAUUAACGCUUCAUCAAUAUUUUCCAUCAUUGAUGUAUUUGAGAAAAGCGGAAAAUCAAACAUCAAACGAAAAUAUAAAUUUAAAUUUAUUAUUUUAUUGUCUUGUGAUAAACUGAAUAAAUAAUAUUAAAAAAUGAUCGAACGAGGUUUCUGUGCAGAUGACAUUGGAGGAUUGUUGAACGGAAAUGCGUCCCACAUUUCCGCGGGAUUCCAGUCACCGUAUGUUGGAAGUGGUGGUCAUUUCAACUCAAUGUAUAGUGGAAGCCAGCGGCCCUCCUUUGCGAUACAGGAACUGCUGGGGCUCGGGAACGCGACCGCAUGUCGACAGAACACAAGUCCAGACCUGCUCGAACACCAGUCUAUGUCGUCUGGGAAUCUGAUGUACUUCUCGCGAGACCUACCAAUGUACAACCACUGUACAGGAAGUUACACAUCCAGCACCGUGGCCUCUGGUCAACUUCAACAGGAGCCCGGAAUGAAUCAGUGUUACGUUAACGUGAACAACGUCCGGGAGUCUCUUCCGCAGCACCAGAUGAGCGCCGCCUCGACGUUCUGCCCAUGGCGCGUACCGGAUGGACUGUCGCAGACGCCGAUGAGCAAUCAGCUUCACCAUCCGCACGGCAUGGCGUCCAUGAUGUCCCGCCAUGCGGACGUAACGACUUACAAUUACAAAAUGUCGCCAGGCGGCGAUCACGAAGUUUCUACAGGGAUGCCGCCGUCUCCCUGCGCCAUGCAGUCCGUAGACAAGUACGAUCCAAACAGCAGCGGCAGCAGCAGCGGCAACGGCGGCGACUGCAGGGUAAAGGACAAGAAGAAACGACGGAGACACAGGACGAUCUUCACUUCGUUUCAGCAGGAGGAGCUGGAGAAGGCGUUCAAGGACGCGCACUACCCGGACCUGUACGCACGGGAAGUGCUCGCACUCAAAAUAGACCUGCCCGAGGACCGCAUUCAGGUAUGGUUCCAAAACAGGCGCGCCAAGUGGCGAAAGACCGAGAAGACGUGGGGAAAGAGCAGCAUCAUGGCGGAGUACGGCCUCUACGGCGCAAUGGUGCGGCACGCGCUGCCACUUCCGGACUCCAUCGUGAAGAGCGCUGAGAGGGGCAUCGAGCAGUCGGCCGCGCCGUGGUUACUUGGGAUGCACAAGAAAUCCGUUGAGGCCGCAACGAAAAUGCAGGAGGAGGAAGAGCAAGAAGAAAAAGCUGCAACGGACCGCAAAACGGAACCAGUUGAUGACGUAAAAUCAGAGAGCAUCGCCGCCUUAAGAGCGCGCGCGCAGCAGCACAACUCCAAAAUGAUUCACGUGCUGCAAAAGGGAGACAACCGCGAAAAAACGAACAAUAACUCCAUAGACACUUAUCCGGGAUCGUAUUAUUGCGACAAUGAGCCUAAUUUAUUGAACAAUUUAUCACGUUAAUAACGUAAACUGUCCGUUUACCAUCACUUGAUAUUUGUAACUGAGUGAACUAGAUAUUAAUUGUGCUAUAUGUGAACUGUAUAUGUGCACUUUUCUUUGUAUUUUACUAUCAGCUGAAAGUUUGAUUCAGUUUAAGUUGUCUUGUGUUAUUAAGUGUUUAGUAAUAUUUUAUUACAUUUGUAUUUGAAGCAUGUCGGCUUUACAUUUCGCCUCUGGGCAGCAAGAUGUUUAUAUAACUUAUAUAACAUUCGUCGAGCACUAUGGGCGCGUUUUCCAACAGCUCCUUAGGAAAAUUUAAGUCAAACUUAAUAAAUUAAUUAACAAAACAAACAAAGUAACAAAGUGUCUGCGGCUGUUUCCUGUACAUGAACAUGUCAAUUUACAUACAAACGAUUCCAAAUACAACGCAUAUGCAGUAAAUAUUGCUUACCUGGCCCUCCUUUAAACACAAAUCUGUUCAUUUUAAAUACCGGAACGUUGAGGAAAUUUCAUCUGAAAUGUUCGAACUGCAGUAAAUAAUAGUUCAGAUUUCCGUAAGGAACUUGGUGAAGCGUGUGACUCUCCGUGGAUGAUCUUUCAUCUUUCUUUGAAAAGUGGGCUUUAUGCAUGUGCGGUAAGGGUCUUCCCAGAAUACUCUGUGCAGUCCGCACAGGCUAAUCUAUGACGACACUUUCCGCCUACACUGGAUUUUUGCUAAGAAGUUGCGUGCCUUAAACAAAACAAAAACGUAACAGCGGAAAGUAUCUUAAAUUAUAAGCCUGUGCUGAAAGCAUAGGUUCAUUUGGGACGUUACUUCAUGCACAUGCAUUAAGCCCAGUUUUCCAUGAACGCGGCUCGAUUUUUUAGCGAUAACGUGCCUUUUGUGCAAUAUGAGGAUGAGACGUGUGCAUGCUAUUUUCAGUAUUUUGGCGUCGUGUUUUUUUUUUAAAUAAGGCGCUUAUUUUCUUUUUAUGUCAUGUAAAAACAAUCCGACUGGGCUAUAACAAGCAGACGAUCAUAAUGACCCCUAUUACUAAAACUAUUGUGUGUUAAUUGUUUUCUGUCGGAGUUGAACAUGUGGUAACUAUAUGCACACUUUGAAUACAUUUAUUUAAUUAAUGUUAAUUCAUUUUAAUAUUCUCUGAAGUGCAUGUUAUCAUCAUAUAAUAUUUGUUUGUCCAUAAUCAUGUAAUUUGGACAUGGGCUUUUAAACAAAACACUGGACAAUGAUAUUCUUACAAUGACAUAUUUUCCCACAGAUAAUGAACAUUUAAUCACCCCAAAUGAUUUGUAAAUAUGAGCCAAUAACUCGCCCUUUUUUCGAAAGAAAAAAAUUUGUGAACAAGUCCGUUUAAAAUACUUCAUGAUUGAGUAAGUUAUUUAAUCCGCAAUAUUUAGCGGCGUUCAAUUCUUCCUUUUAAAAUACUAGGAUUGUAUGCCAAAAUGAGGGAAAAUUAAAAUCUAACCUUUAUCUUGCAACAGCCAAGCCAAGUUGAAGAGUGUGUUUAAAUAAGUUCAAUUUAUCGAAUACUAAUAUGCGAAAAGCGAUGCGUUCAGUCGUAUUUUUACAUUACACUUCGAAAGUACAUGUAGAGUUGUCGGUCCUUUCUCUCACAUACAAUCUCUGCCAUCACAAGAAAAUCCAACCAGAUUUGGUAGGAUUUUACUUUAUUGGUUUGAGUAUUAUAUUAUAAAAAACGUAGUAUUAUUUUCUUGAACAUUUUAAAAAUAGUGUAUAAGUUAAGGUUCAUUAUAAAAAUAAUACCUAAAUUAAAAAGAAAGUAAAAGUAACAACGGUAUAAAUAUGGCUGCCUUCAUCACGUGGUUGGUUAUGAAGGCAGGGAUUUGAUCCAGCCAUGCUGGUUCCCGUCAAAUCUCUGCGCGGAGGUUGUCGAUGCCUUAGGUACUUGUAUAACCCUGCUUAUAUUAUGGUGAUCAUACGACGUUGUAGCCGGGGCGCCGUAAGAACGGUCCAAACUAGUCAGCAAAAUAUCAGGGACCGAUAUAGUUUGAUUACAUUAUAUAUAAUUAUUCUGAUAAUAAUAACAUAAUCAGUCGUUAGUGUUUAAAAAUAGUAUUCGUUUACUAAAUUUGACAG